UUGGCAAGAUCUCCCAAGCCUUCUACACUCUCCAAACUUUCACCAAACUCUUGGCCUCCGCCGGCCCGAAACCAAAACACAACAAGCUGUGGAGGAGCGGCGAGCGGCGCGGCUGGGCGGGCAGACUCGCGGCAAGAGGACCGAGUCUCGGGAGGCUGAUGCAACUUUCCCUUUAAGAAAAAGCCACCUGGGCGCUCCCCCGCGCGGACCAGCUUGCCUGGGCCCGGGGCUGCAGCAUGCUCUUGAAGUCUGUAGCCUGAAAGGUGUUGAGAGCAAAACCUGAGUGUGGUUCCAGACUCCAGAGUCCCCAACCCAUUGCCACUAUGGUAGGAAAAGGUGCCAAAGGGAUGCUGAAUGGUGCUGUGCCCAGCGAGGCCACCAAGAGGGACCAGAACCUCAAACGGGGCAACUGGGGCAACCAGAUCGAGUUUGUACUGACGAGCGUGGGCUAUGCUGUGGGCCUGGGCAAUGUUUGGCGCUUCCCAUACCUCUGCUAUCGCAACGGGGGAGGCGCCUUCAUGUUCCCCUAUUUCAUCAUGCUGAUAUUCUGUGGGAUCCCCCUCUUCUUCAUGGAGCUCUCCUUUGGCCAGUUUGCAAGUCAGGGCUGCCUGGGGGUCUGGAGGAUCAGCCCCAUGUUCAAAGGUGUGGGCUACGGCAUGAUGGUGGUGUCUACAUACAUCGGCAUCUACUAUAAUGUGGUCAUCUGCAUCGCCUUCUACUACUUCUUCUCAUCCAUGUCACAUGUGCUGCCCUGGGCCUACUGCAAUAACCCCUGGAACACGCCGGAGUGCAUUGGUGUGCUGGAUGCCACCAACCACACCAAUGGCUCCCAGCCUGCUACCCUGCCCAGCAACCUCUCCCACACCCACCAGAGGACCAGCCCCAGCGAGGAGUACUGGAGGCUCUACGUCCUGAAGCUGUCAGAUGACAUCGGGAACUUUGGGGAGGUGCGGCUUCCCCUCCUCGGCUGCCUUGGGGUCUCCUGGGUGGUCGUCUUCCUCUGCCUCAUCCGAGGGGUCAAGUCUUCAGGAAAAGUGGUGUACUUCACAGCCACAUUCCCCUAUGUGGUGCUGACCAUCCUAUUCAUCCGCGGUGUGAGCCUGGAAGGCGCCUUCACGGGCAUCAUGUACUACCUGACUCCACAGUGGGACAAGAUCCUGGAGGCCAAGGUGUGGGGGGAUGCCGCCUCCCAGAUCUUCUACUCUCUGGGCUGUGCUUGGGGAGGCCUCAUCACCAUGGCCUCCUACAACAAGUUCCACAACAACUGCUACCGAGACAGUGUCAUCAUCAGCAUCACUAACUGUGCCACCAGCGUCUACGCAGGCUUUGUCAUCUUCUCCAUCCUUGGCUUCAUGGCCAACCACCUGGGCGUGGACGUGUCUCGAGUGGCUGACCAUGGCCCCGGGCUGGCCUUUGUGGCUUACCCUGAGGCCCUCACUCUGCUGCCUAUCUCUCCGGUGUGGUCACUGCUCUUCUUCUUCAUGCUCAUCCUGCUGGGGCUGGGCACCCAGUUCUGCUUGCUGGAGACACUGGUCACGGCCAUUGUGGAUGAGGUGGGGAACGAGUGGAUCCUGCAAAAGAAGACAUAUGUGACCCUGGGCGUGGCUGUGGCUGGCUUCCUGUUGGGCAUCCCCCUCACCAGCCAGGCAGGUAUCUACUGGCUGCUGCUGAUGGACAACUAUGCGGCCAGCUUCUCCUUGGUCAUCAUCUCCUGCAUCAUGUGUGUGUCUAUCAUGUACAUCUACGGACAUCGGAACUACUUCCAGGACAUUCAGAUGAUGCUGGGCUUCCCACCACCCCUCUUCUUCCAGAUCUGCUGGCGCUUCGUCUCUCCAGCCAUCAUUUUUUUUAUUCUCAUCUUCACCGUGAUCCAGUACCGACCGAUCACCUACAAUCACUACCAGUAUCCAGGCUGGGCUGUGGCCAUUGGCUUCCUCAUGGCCCUAUCCUCCGUCAUCUGCAUCCCACUCUAUGCCCUGUUCCAGCUCUGCCGCACAGAUGGGGAUACCCUGCUCCAGCGCUUGAAAAAUGCCACAAAGCCAAGCAGAGACUGGGGGCCUGCCCUCCUGGAACACCGGACUGGGCGCUAUGCCCCCAUCAUACCACCCUCUCCUGAAGAUGGACUAGAGGUCCAGCCACUGCACCCGGACAAGGCCCAGCUCCCCAUGGUGGGCAGUAACAGCUCCAGCCACCUGCAGGACUCCCGGAUAUGAGCAUAGCUGCCGGGGCAUGCCCCACCCCCACCCUGCACUCCCACCAGAGACUGGGGUUGGCAGGGGGAGGGGGGCAGCACCUGCUUCUGACUCACCCUGGCCAGGGCAGCUGCUGUCACCUUGGCCACCAUUGAUAGCGCAGCCCUUUGUGUCCCCAGUGUUUACAGGUCCUUUGGAUGCCAAGAUGGCAGCUGGGGGGGGGGGGGGUGUCGGUCUGGACCAUGGGAGGGCUGCUGGGGAAGUGGGAGCCAAAGCACUUUGGAAGGGGACUUAGGCUGGGUCCCCCAGAGACCUGCGGGAUUUUAUAUGGCCUCUAUUAGCCCCACACUCUUUCUUGAGCUGAGGUUCUGGCUGGGCACCCCACCACCCCCCACACCCACCUGCCUCCCUUCGUGGGCCUUCAGCCUCCUGACAGUGUUCCUGCCUUUAGAGCAAACCCCAGCCUCUGCCCAGGCACGUCAGAAUCUUCCUCUCUGGGGUGAGGUGAGGGGCUGUAGGCUGCGUAGUGUUACUUGUCAGGCUGUGCUGCCCAGCCCUGUCUGUCUGUGUAAUUAUUUUUGUAAGAAAAAAAAUGUAUUAUCUGUGGUUGCCACCCCUUGUCCCUAGCCUUGGGCCCAGUCUGUCUUCCAGGCCUGCCUGCACCUUACUCAGUGGCUCUGGGGUCUCUACACCUCAUUCCAGCCCUGGCUGUCAGGCCCAGCCAGCAGAAGCCCAUGACCCAGUAGCCUGCCCAAAGCACAGUUUUUGGAGGGCAGGGUUGGAGUGCUGCUUAUUGGAGGUUUGAGCCAAGAGCCCUAGGGAAGGGGGCCCUAUGUGAUCCCCCCUUCUCUCCCUCUACUGGGCUAUAAGGACCCAAUCUUCCCCAACUGGGCUGCCCUUAUUCACGUGCCAAAUGGCCCCAGCUCACGUACCCUGUCCCCCUCCUCCAAACCCUGCAGUGUCCACUUAUCCAUCCUCAGUGCCCCACUGUGCAGUGACAGCCCCAACCAAGUAACCUCUAAUCCUCUGUAGCAAUAACGGUGCAUUGCCCACCCCUGCCCAUCCGUGCGCCACUAGGAUUUUAAAGUCCAUAGAUUUUAAUGAAAUUUCUAUUCCUGUCUCUGA